AUGGUUUCUCGCGUGUCAGUGAAACAGAUCUACUCUGUAACCAACGAGUUCACCGAGAAAUCUCCAUGGCUGCCUCGCACGCAGACCGUGGAGGGUGUGGCAUUCGUGGCAAUCAACAAGUGGGACACCUGCUUUUGCAAGAUGGUGACCGGCCGCUCUCAAGACUUGAGGGCAGGGAAGGGCCACCACGUGAACUGCACCUUUUUGGAUGAACUGAUCGCCCAACGGAACAGCAAGUCCAAGGCUGCCGUGCAGGACGCAAUGGCGGUGGUCAUGGAGGGUGAGGAGAACUCCAAGCCGCCCAACAAGAAAAGGCGAGUCACCCCAGCUGACCGCCACUUGGCGCCGGCCACUGUCACCGUGACGCUGCCUGCUGUCACGCAUGGAGGCGUCUCCUUCACCGAAACCAAUGUCCGUGCGCUGUGGACAGUGCGGAACCAACAGGAAAUAUUCCUGGAGCUCGACGAACAAGUCCUUGAACAUCUGAGAAUUGGAGUGUUGGAGAGCCGUGACGCGGGGCAGGUAAAGCGGCAUCAGGCAAGAGUGCCUGCAACAAAGUAG